CCACCUGGCGGGAGACCAGGCCUGUGUGCGGAGGGACUGGUCCCGGGCAGCAUGGUCUCUGCCAUGGCCCCCCGCCUCGUCGUGUCGCUGCUGCUGCUCGUGAGGGUCCUGCCCGCCGUGGCCCACUCCGUGCCCGUGCAGGUCUCCUUCCUGGAGGACAUGGGGGGCAGCGGGGAGGCCGAUGACUCCUCGGCCUCCUCCCCGAGCCUCCCGCCGCCCCGGACCCCGGCCCCCAACUUCCUGGACGGCAUCGUGGACUUCUUCCACGAGUACGUGAUGCUCAUCGCCGUGGUGGGCUCGCUGGUCCUCCUGGUCAUGUUCGUCGUCUGCGCCGCCGUCAUCACCCGCCAGAAGCACAAGGCCUCCGCCUACUACCCCUCGUCUUUCCCCAAGAAGAAGUACGUGGACCAGAGCGACCGGGCCGGGGGCCCCCAGGCCUUCAGCGAGGUCCCCGACAGGGCCCCCGACGGCCGGCCCGAGGAGGCCCUGGAUUCCUCCCAGCAGCUCCAGGCCGACAUCCUCGCCGCCACCCAGAACCUCAGGUCUCCCACCAGGGCGGCCCCGAGCGGUGGAGAUGGAGCCAGGAUGACGGAGGGCAAGUCAGAGGGAGAGCAGCCAGGCGGCCAGGAGGAGGACCGGGAUGCCCCGGGGUGCGGGGUCCCCAUGGAGAAGCCCGGGGUGACAGAGGGGCCAUGCUCAGGGCUGGCAGAGGGGGUCCUGGGGGCCCUAGAAGGCCCAGGGGAGCCAGAAGCGGCUCCCUCAUUAGCCCAGGAAGGCGGGGACCCAGCUGGCCCCCCUCAAAGCCCCUGUGCUUGUGGCAGUGUCACCCCUAGCGUCUAACAGGCCCCCAGGGCUGUGGCCCUGACUGUCUGACCCCUAGUGGUCCCCUCCUGGGCCACCCCCAGCUGCAAAUCCCAGCGUGUCCCCUCCUACAGCGAACAGACACUGGUGUCCGCUCCACCCGGGAACCUCACCAAGUUCUAGAACAUCUGCCUCUGCAGCCCCGAAGGGCUACAUCCCAAGCACAGCUCCUGUGGGGAGGCGGGGCUGGGGAUGUGUCCCCCUUACAACCACGUCGAUUAGGAAACACAAUUGGCGCGUCCCCUGUGACAGGGCCGGCAUCACCAUCGAGGUAGAAACGUAAACCCAUCAGCUAGGAGUUUUGGAAGAUUUUAACCGGGAGACGUGGAAGUGGCCGGGGCGGGUGUGGCUAGUGCUACGGCAGAAGUGGGCCCCUCACCUGCUCACCUCUUGGCAGGUACGAAAAUGACCAUUUCCCAAACUGGGUUCCCUGUGGUACCCUGACAGGUACAAAAAUAAGUAUUUCCCAUACUGGGUUCCCUGAGGUACCCUGACAGGUACAAAAAUAAGUAUUUCCCAAACUGGGUUCCCUGUGGUACCCUGACAGGUACGAAAAUGAGCAUUUCCCAAACUGGGUUCCCUGAGGUACCCUGACAGGUAUGAAAAUGAGCAUUUCCCAAACUGGGUUCCCUGAGGUACCCCGUGGAAAAAUGAUGCUGGUGUCCAAUGAAUUGAGGAAACGCUGCCUCAUGACUCCCCCGACCCUCUUAGACCACCCCAGGCCUCUGACAAGUCCUGCAGUUAAGGCCCCGGGGAAUCUGGUUUCUGGUUUCACAGCCUUUCCCAAAACUGCUUUUGACCAGGGAGUACUCUCGUUAUUAUUAUUAUUAUUAUUAUUUUUUAGCAGCUACAGUGGAAACUGCUGCAGGGCGCACUCUGGAAAUUAUUGCUCUCAGUGUUCCGGAAGGUGCCCCGCAGCGUCUGGUUGGUCUGGGGUGUGGGAUGUGGGGGCUCGGCCCGCUACUGCCGUGGGGAUGGGGUGAAUGAACCAAACCUUUUUGUUAGGCUCCCAAAGCAGCCUAGAAGCCCCGGGCUCUGAGUGAGGUGACCUCACUCUGGGGGAGUUUGGGGGAUGGAGGGUCUCUGACGCCUGGCCUGGAGCAGGGCACCCAGGACCCCCCCUCCCCCAGCCCCACCCUCUGCUCACACUCGGUGUCUGGCAGCCUAUGUCCACAGCCUUCUUUAGUCCUCGACCAGGGAGCCUGAGCUCCGUCCUGAUUUGGGGGGCUCUGGGGGGUCCUCUUCCCCAUCCCUCCAUCUGGGGUCCCCCCAACCUCUGCACAACUUUCCGGGUGCUGAGCUGUAACAAACCGGCACAAUAAACAUUAUCCAGCCUGA